CGCGCUGUUAGGCUGCGGCUAGUAAAGCUGAAUGAAGCUACUUCUUAAAUUAGCCCUCACGAUGCGCGGAAGACAUCGUUGAACCACGUCGUGUUAAGUAUACACUGUUCGUGUUUGAUUUCUGAAGUGGACGAUCGAUGUUGUUUAUUGUAUUUAUAUAAAGUUCCGUGUUAAACUCCGUGAAGUUGUGCUGUUAGGAUGAGCGCAGACGCGGCUAGCAGCGUUAGCAUAUGUCAUACCUGCGUAUGGUGAUGAAUUUGAAAGCUAAAGCAGCAUUGAUCCAGGGGAACAUGCUUUAGAGUUUAAUUAACACGCUGAGAUCGAGUUCGUUAUGAUCGGACACUUUGACUGAAGCAUAUCGCGUCAGAUCGCUGCUAACCGGCCGCCCUCUUGCGGUGUUUGUCCAUGAGCUUCGGCUUUGUGUUGUGAUCCGGCAGCCGGAGCUCACUGCUGCUCAUCGGAGGUACACUGGACUACACGUGCACUGAUGUAGACGUCUCUACCUCACCUCUUCUUCAUCUAGCAAUCCCGGCAUCCUCUUGAACAUCUGCUGAUUGACGGUGUCGGUCAGAAGGACGUGACUCGGACAAACGAAACCCAUCCGCUCUGGUUUGAAUCUGGUCUCAAACUCAUGGGAUACGAUGUCGGAGGUUGGAGAGCGUCGGCCGGUCAACACAGACUACGCUGUUUCUGUGCUGGAGCAGCUAAAGUUCUUCUAUGAGCAGAAGUUAUUGACUGACAUCACACUACUGGUGGAGGACACUGAGUUUCCCUGUCAUAAGAUGGUGCUGGCCACCUGUAGCUCUUACUUCAGGGCCAUGUUCAUGAGUGGACUCAGUGAGAGCAAACAGUCUCAUGUUCAUCUUCGAAAUGUUGAUCCUUCUACUCUCCAGACCAUCAUAACUUACGCUUACACCGGUAACCUGCUCAUCAAUGACUGCACUGUUGAACCCCUCUACGAGACUGCGUGUUUCCUUCAGGUUGAGGAUGUUUUGCUGCAGUGUCGAGAUUACCUGGUGAAGAAGAUCACGGCAGAAAACUGUGUGCGGAUGCUGAGCAUCGGCGACCUGUUCAGCUGCCCCGAACUGAAGCAGAGCGCCAAACGGAUGGUGGAGCACAAGUUCCCGGUGGUGUACCGGCAGGACGCCUUCCUGCAGCUGUCGCAUGAACUCCUGCUGGACCUGCUGAGCAGCGACAACCUCAACGUGGAGAAGGAGGAGACAGUCCGUGAGGCGGCCAUGCUGUGGCUGGAAUACAACAUGGAAGCGCGCUCGCAGUACCUGUCGUCCGUGCUCAGCCAGAUCCGCAUCGACGCGCUCUCUGAGGUGACCCAGCGUGCCUGGUUUCAAGGGCUGCCGCCCAACGACAAGUCUGUGGUGGUGCAAGGCCUGUACAAGUCCAUGCCAAAGUUUUUUAAGCCCAGACUGGGCAUGACCAAGGAAGAAAUGCUAAUCUUCGUGGAAGCCGAGCCGGCAGCCGAAAGCCACCCAGUGGUGAUGGGCCCACGCCACACGGUGGUCUGCUACAGCCCGCAAGCGGAGAAAGUGUACAAACUGAGCAGCCCGCCUGGAGACUUGCAGAAGUUCGGCACGCUGGUCACCCCGGACAACGAUGUCUUCAUCGCCGGUGGUCAGAUCCCACUGAAGAGCGCUCUGGCCAGUCACGGCAGCAAAAGCGGCAAGCUGCAGGCGGCCUACUGUUCGGUGGACAGCUUCUACUGGCUGAAUGCGCAGCAGAACGCCUGGGUGGCCAAAACGCCCAUGCUGUGUGCUCGCACCAAGCCAUCGCUGGUCUACUGCCAGGGCUUCAUCUACGCCAUCGGCGGCGAUAACGUGGGCGGCGAGAUGAACAAGCGCACGGUGGAGCGCUACGACUGCGAGCGAGACGAAUGGAGCAUGACUAGCCCUCUUCCCUGCGCGUGGAGCUGGAGCACGGCGGUGACGGCACGCGAAUGCCUCUAUGUCAUGACCCACGACCUUAUGUACUGUUACUUUCCCCGAGGCGACACCUGGGUUGAAAUGGCCACGCGGCAAACCAGCCGCUGCUUCGCCUCUGCCGCCGCUUUGGAUGGCCUGGUCUUCUACAUCGGUGGCCUGCAUGUGGUGGGCAACUCGGGCCUGCGUCUGCCGACCAGCACCAUUGACGGCUCCUCCGUGACGGUGGAGAUCUACGACGUCAACAAAAACGAGUGGCGCCUCGCCGCCAACAUCCCGGCCAAGAGAUACUCGGACCCGUGUGUGCGGGCCGUGGUCCUGCUCGACACGCUAUGCAUAUUCAUACGCGAGACGCACUUGAACGAGCGGGCCAAGUACGCGCUCUAUCAGUACGACCUGGAGCUGGACCGCUGGUGUUUGCGCCAGCCUGUGUCUGAGCGAGUGCUCUGGGACCUGGGGAAAGACUUCCGCUGUGCGGUGGGUAAACUCUAUCCGUCCUGCCUCGAAGAGUCGCCGUGGAAGCCUCCGACCUACCUCUUCUCUCCCGAUGGAGCCGAGGAGUUUGAGGUGGAGGACGACAUGGUGUUGCUGCCUCACGUAUAGCUGUAAACCUGUCAUUUAUUCACCGCUCUAGAAGAAUGAGCUUGAAUUUCAUUGGACCUGUUCUGGGCCAUCUGGCCGUAGAGAUCAAAAAUGGGGAGAGCGCUCAAUUUUACUGGCUCGUGUCUGAGCUGACAGUAACUGAUGAUGUCUUUUUAUUUCUGUUUUUAUUGUAAGUUGAAUGAUGUAAACCAAUGACAAUGUGACCGUAAGAUUAAACCUUCUUUGGUGCAAAAUG